ACCCACCAAAUUCUGCACACAAUCUAAAGUUCCCAAGAACUCUAGAUUUACACUAUUUUCACGUUUUCAAAAGAAACGAAAAAGUUUUAAAAUUGUAACAAAGUCUAUUCACCCCCCCUCUAGACUUUGUAUCUCACCACUUUGGGACCACCAAUUGGUAUCGGAGCCAACUUCUCACAAUCUACAUUUAGAUUAACGAGAAGCGAUCAUAAUGGUGAACAAUAUGGAUCACGGUUUGCCCAAGUUUUCUCUUCUAGGUUAUGAUGAUUGGAAGAUCAUGAUGGAAGCACACCUUUACGCCCUACAUGAUUGCAUGUGGAUGGUGCUUGAGGAUGGACCCUUGAAAAUCCAAAUGGAGAACCCUGAGAGGAAUCCAGCCAAUCCUGAUGUUGUCCAGUACAUUCCAAAGCUCAAUGAGAAAUGGGAUGAUAGAGAUUGCAAAAAGCACAAUCUGGAUAACGUCGCCAAAGCAGCCAUCUUCAAGACACUUGAUCCCAUCACCUUCUCCAAGAUCAAGCAUCUCAAGACUGCCACGGAGAUUUGGCAAGGUCUUGGGAAGCUGUGUGAGGGAUCGGAGGACCUGAGAAAGCAGAAGAUAGAAGUCCUGCUUGAAAAGUUCAAAAGCUCCAAAAUGCUUCCCGGAGAAUCAUUUGAUAUGUUGGAUGAAAGAUUCCACAAAAUCUUAAAUGAUCUUGUAUCACUUAACUGUUGGAAACGAGGCUUGGAUAAUGCAGCGGAAAACAAAAAUUUAUAGUCCAAAACUCGAUUCCACCCAAGAACAACUUACGUAAAUUACUAGCCAUAGUAAGAAAUUUACCUUAACGGU